ACCGUACAAGUUGAUAUUGCUCUCCGACAUGUUGUUGAUUUGGAUGAACCUACCCAGAUUUUAACCCUGAAUCUAUGGAUUAGAAUGUUUUGGACAGAUUGUCAGUUGACCUGGGACCCGGCUGCAUUUGGUGACCUUGGCAACAUUGUUGUACCGUUUAAAUACGUGUGGGUGCCCGAUCUUACUCUGUAUGAUAGCACUGCCGAUGACUUUCCGGGUUACGACGAUUACAGAGUGAGCAUAUAUUCAGAUGGUUCCGUGUAUUACAAUUUCCCUACUAUCAUACAAAGUCGAUGUCUUGUGAACGUGGAGAGAUUCCCAUACGAUACCCAAACGUGUAGUAUGGCGUUCGGAUCCUGGAUCUACCACGGCCUGGAGAUGGACCUGGUAUAUAAGAACCCGUAUGGAGAUCUGUCAUCGUCGGUUUUGAACGUCGAAUGGAAUAUCUCGAAAUUAACUGCUGAACGUCACGUGGUUUAUUAUGGUUGCUGCCCGGAACCGUACCCUGAUGUUACUUACUACCUAACAAUUGAACGCAAACCGUCUUUCUAUAUUGUAAAUAUCAUAAUUCCGACUUUCCUUAUUACUGGAAUGGCGAUACUUGGUUUCUUCUUAGCUGUUGAAUCAGGAGAAAAGGUUUCGCUACAAAUUACGGUGAUGCUUGCUCUAGCUGUAUUCCAGUUACUGGUGGCAGACUCCCUACCCCCUUCUGCGGAUACUACCCCACUUAUUGCAAUCUACUUCAAUUUCUGUCUAUUCCUCGUCGGAUUUGCCUGUGUGAUGGCGGUACUAGUUUUGUCUAUCUACUAUCAGCCAGCGGUUGUUAUGCACCGUUGGGUCGUCAGGAUAUUUCUCGGUACCUUAGCUAAAGCUACCUGGGUAUAUGUGCCGGAGCUGGACGAUCAUGUAAAGGAAUCGACUCGGCCCGAAGCUUCUUCUUCCGAACACGUAGCAAAUGAAAAGACAAGAAGAUACCAGCUGGGGUCAGAAACAGCAAAAGUGGGCACAGAACAGGAUGAGCCAACACCUAAAGUCCAAUCUUACAUAAACGUGACAGCAGAACACUGGAAGUCUCUUUCUAAGGUUGUCGACAGAAUCACCUGCAUUUUGUUUAUCAUCAUGGGUUUAUGUGGAACUGGCAUUGUCUUUAGUAAAUUUACAGAAGAAGAAUAUUGUCAGCCAAGGUGGUGGCUGGUCAGGCUGAUGAUAAGGAGAAUUAUUCGAGAGACUGACACCUUUGUUCUAAACAUGAGGAGAGUUGAUAUUAAAUCAAACAGAAAAGGAAUUAUCACAGCACGUGCGAUCACGGUGCUGUUUUUUAUACUCUUACAAACCCGAGACACAGAUGCUACUACAAACUCGUCCGCACUAUUUGACCACCUGUUCACUGAUUACCAGAGUGCGGCUCGGCCUUACUGUAACAACAACAGCGCCACCAACGUACGAAUUGAUAUUGCUCUCCGACAAGUUGUUGAUUUGGAUGAACCUUCUCAGGUUUUAACCCUGAAUCUUUGGAUUAGAAUGUUUUGGACAGAUUGUCAACUGACCUGGGACCCGGCUGCAUUUGGUGACCUUGGCAACAUUGUUGUACCCUUUAAAUACAUGUGGGUGCCCGAUCUUACUCUGUAUGAUAGCACUGCCGAUGUUUUUCCGGGCUACGACGGUUACAGAGUGAAUAUAUAUUCAGAUGGUUCCGUGUAUUACAAUUUCCCUACUAUCAUACAAAGUCGAUGUCUUGUGAACGUGGAGAGAUUCCCAUACGAUACCCAAACGUGUAGUAUGGCGUUCGGAUCCUGGUCUUACCACGGCCUGGAGAUGGACCUGGUAUAUAAGAACCCGUAUGGAGAUCUGUCAACGUCAGUUUUGAACGUCGAAUGGAAUAUCUUGAAAUUUACUGCUGAACGUCACGUGGUUUAUUAUGGUUGCUGCCCGGAACCGUACCCUGAUGUUACUUACUACCUAAAAAUUGAACGCAAACCUUCCUUCUAUAUUGUAAAUAUCAUAAUUCCGACUUUCCUUAUUACUGGAAUGGCGAUACUUGGUUUCUUCUUAGCUGUUGAAUCAGGAGAAAAGGUUUCGCUACAAAUUACGGUGAUGCUUGCUCUAGCUGUAUUCCAGUUACUGGUGGCAGACUCCCUACCCCCUUCAUCAGAUGCUACCCCUCUUAUUUCAAUCUACUUCAAUUUCUGUCUAUUCCUCGUCGGAUUUGCCUGUGUGAUGGCGGUACUAGUUUUGUCUAUCUACUAUCAGCCAGCGGUUGUUAUGCACCGUUGGGUCGUCAGGAUAUUUCUCGGUACCUUAGCUAAAGCUACCUGGGUAUAUGUGCCGGAGCUAAACGAUCAUGUAAAGGAACCGACUCGGCCUGAAUCUUCUUCUUCCGAGCACAUAGCAUAUGGAAAGACAAGAAGAAUACAGGUGGGGUCAGAAACAGCGAAAGUGGGCACAGAACAGGAUGAGCCAACACCUAAAGUCCAACCGUACAUAAACGUGACAGCAGGGCACUGGAAGUCUCUUUCAAAAGUUGUGGACAGAAUUACCUGCAUUUUGUUUAUUAUCAUGGGUUUAUGUGGAACUGGCAUUGUCUUUAGUAAAUUCACAGAAGAAUAAUAUUACCGGUUUCACGAACAGUAGAAAGGUUAUAUAUCACAGCCAGUACAAUAAUAUGUAAGUGUUUACGAGUGACGUUGCGUAUAAACACUAAUUGGUUGUGUUAGAUUACGCGUUAUUGAUCUCUACAUUUAUAGUUCAAUAUGUACUAUCAACAAAUGCAAACACAAAAGAAAAAUAUACUAAUUUUGCAACAACAAAAACAAAAAAAGCAACAAAAACAGCAUCUGCUUCGUAGGAUAGAACUACGAGUGGUAUUGCUUUGUAAUAUUUUCUGAAGAAUGCUAAGUUAUAAAUAUGUCAGAACAAUGUUUAUUAGUUUUCCGAAAAAAAUGGCGAACAAGUCGACACGGAGAGAGGAAAUACGACGUCAUGUUACCAAAGAAUUAAAUGGAGCUAAAGUUUUAGAACUUGUUUUUUAUUUGCAUCCAAAUGGUCGGGUGGCGCAAUGGAACGCACACUUGCCUUUUACCAAGUAGGCCGGGGUUUGAUUCCCUGAUCGGAAGUGAAGAAAAAGGUUAAGGGUCACCUGCCAAACCACAUGGGUUUUAUCCGGAUACCCCGGUUUCCGCCCACAUUAAGAACCCCCGCGCGCAAACAUCCGGGCCAACAAGAGUGGUUAAUAUAAGUUGAAAGAACUUGUUUCAUAAUUGUUGUAAAACAAAUAAAUUCUAUAUUAUAUAAUAUUGUACUAUGCUCAUGCGUUUGUAUGUACGUGGGUAUGUAUGUAUAUAUGUGCGAACAUCCGUUUGUGCGUGCAUGUGGAAAUGUGUAUGUGCGUAUGCAUG